AUGCUUUAUGGAAAUAAUGAGCAUCUUGGUUUAAUUUAUUUUGCGGAAAGAAUAAUUAGUUUAGUUAAAGAAACCCAUUUAAAAAAUACAAGCAAUUCAAAAACUGAAUACAAAUUUAAUAUAAAUUUAUCAGAAGAGGUUAGAAAACAAUUAACAAAACCGUUACUUGAAGAUUACAAAAAUGAAAAAGUUAAAAAAAUUUUGGAAAAUAUUGAAAAAUUUUUGAAAAUAGUAAAGCCAAAAAAUAUUGAAAAAAGCAUCGAAUGUUUACUUGAAACGCUGGGGUUUGAUAAAAAUGUGGAGAAAGAGUCAGUGGAAUAUAAAGAUAGUUUUUUAAUUUUUCUAUUUUCAAAAUUAUCAAUUUUUUGGGGGAUUAUUAAAUGGAUAAAAAUAGAGAAUGAGGGGUGGGGGGUGUGUUAUGUAGAUUAG